AUGCUUUGUCUGGCCCGUGAUCCGUCCGUUGGUCUUUGUAACAAAACGACCUGCAAAACCUUCGUUUAACUCUUUUCUCCCCCAAAACAACUCUAUGCAGCUCUGUCCUCCUGCAGAAUCAUUUCACCCCAAAAUCUUAAAUUGCCUAACUUGCUUGUGCGACCAAGUACCGAAGAGGAAGAUUUGCAGAAAUCGGUUGGCUGUGAAAGUGGGUUGAUUAAGCGCUUGGUUUGUUCUAAAGGGUCUGAACGAAGAAGGAGAUCGUCUGGGUUUUGGCAAGCCAUAGGAGCAGACGGCGUUGUCAAUACCGAACACAGAAAUCAGAAAUCCAGAAAUCUUUUGCGGAAAAUCGGAAGGCCAGACUUCUCUAUCCAAGUUAAAAUCAGAUUUGGCAGGUGGUUUAUGAUCUAGUCCGAGGUCCGUGCGUGCCAUGACCUUUUGGCCGAAGUAGAGCACCAGUAAAUGCCCAGCAAGCGGAGGAGAUCACUGUCCGGCCCUACUACUCCACCCCGUCUUUCUGAACCUUCAUCCGUCCACUCUGCCACAGACUCGAACGACUACAUCCAGUCCCUCGUCAACUAUUUCAGAAUGCCACGAGACCACACCACGGCAAAGGCCCAUUGGGAUGAAAAUAUGGAGAUUCAUUUCUGUAUGACAUUCGUCGAGUGGAAAAGGAGUGGGGAGUGGAAUCCAAACGUUGCAUCAGAGGCCAAUUGGAUGAAGCUUGCUGCGCACUUGAAUGCCGCCUGGGGGAAGCAAUAUGCAUGGACAGUGUACCAUUCUAAACUGGCACGGUUGAAGAAGAUUUGGCGCUGCUUUGCCAAGUUAAAGGGUCUGCGACAAACUUCCGAAACUGGUAUUGGUUGGGACGAGAAUAGGAGGUGCUUCUUGGGAGAACCCUCUCAAUGGAACAAUUUGUGCCUGGAGAAUAAGGAUUAUGGAUACUUUAGAUCCGGCCAAUGUGUCGACAAAUACGCAAUCCUGCACGAGGUCUUUGAAGCAGAAACCGCCACAGGGAGUCAAGCGCAGGCAUCUUCAGUACCGCCUUCAAUUUACAAUCCACGCAAACGAGCUGGCCAAAGUUCUGGGCAGGUUUUCUCAUCGCCCCUGGGAGAUGAAAUCUACAAUGCCGGGCAGGGGACUGGUUUCGAUGAAGAUACUCCAAUUGCUGGAGUGAAGCGAGGUUCAAGCAGCCAGGGGAUAACGAGCUCGGGCCCGAGUGCAUCCCGGGGAAGCAAGUCAAGUAGAACUUCGUCUGAUCCAUUCGUGGAGUGUGCCAACUCACUAUCCACCCUAGCGAAUUCUAAGCUGCAUAUCAGGAGUCGCCGAGAAUCUGAAAAGGAUAAAUUUGGACCGGAAAUGGGAGCCCAGGUUGUGGAAUCGUUCAAAGAACUGGACAAAGAGGUGAAGCUCGCUGCAGUUUUGGCACUCCAAGACGACAAGUGGCGGAAGACUUUCCUGAGUCUUAGUCGCGAGAUGCAGGAGUUUUGGUUGCAGACUCUACAGAAACCCCCUCCUAAGGGACCCGAUGGAAAGUAGACUUCACUUGGCCUUGCUUGUGUCCCUUCGGCUUAGCUUACUUUCGACUGAUAGAUUGGAAUGAAAUUGCGCUAUUCAUUUGACUCUUCUGGACAUUGAAAAAAGAUUUGUAUUGGGACUUUUGGUACCAAAGCAAAUUGGCUACUGCAAUUUGGCUACUGCAAUUGAUUUUCUAUGUACUGCCAAUAUGUAUUAUUUAGUUUGCAUACUCUUGUCGAUGUUGAGUUGUCUUUUUCCCGGUGGAAUGAAUUGGAACUGUUUCAUUUGUAG